AUGUCUGUCGUGUCACUUCUUGGGGUCAAGGUUGUCAACAACCCCGCCAAGUUCACCGACAAGUACGAGUUCGAGAUUACAUUCGAGUGCCUCGAGCCGCUUGAGAAGGAUCUCGAGUGGAAAUUGACCUACGUCGGAUCUGCGACCUCGGACCAAUACGACCAGGAGCUAGACUCACUCCUCGUCGGCCCCAUCCCCGUCGGAGUAAACAAGUUCCUUUUCGAGGCUGAGGCCCCCAACACCACUCGCAUCCCCGACGCUGAUAUCCUGGGUGUUACGGUCGUGCUCCUGACUUGUGCCUACGAUGGACGCGAGUUUGUGCGAGUUGGAUACUAUGUGAACAAUGAGUACGACUCGGAGGAGCUCAACGCAGAGCCCCCUACCAAGCCAAUCAUCGAGAGAGUGAGGCGUAAUGUCCUUGCUGAGAAGCCUCGUGUGACUCGUUUCGCCAUUAAAUGGGACUCCGAGGCCUCUGCACCCCCCGAGUUCCCCCCUGAGCAGCCUGAGGCCGAUCUUGUUGCGGACGAGGACGAAUACGGUGCCGAGGAGGCCGAGGAGGAGGCCGCCGAGGAGGCUGCCGCCGAAGCUGCUGCCAAAGAAAAGGGCGAGGACUCGGAAAUGGCGGGCGUUGAGAGCGAGCACCAGAACGGACAUCACGACCACGAGGAAGAGGAAAUGUCUGAGGAUGGCAGCGUGGACAUUGAGGGCGAGAGCGAUGACGAACUAGAGGAAGAGGAAGAGGGCGAGGGCGAGGGUGAGGCGGAUGGUGAUGACGAUGCCAUGGAGGUCGACGACGCCUCAGCUGCCCACAAGCCCGUCACAGUGAUGUCUUAG